AUGGCAGAAAUAGACGGGUUGGACAAACGCAUAAGAUCGUACUUGAAAAAAGUCAGUUACGAGAAAUGGUCAAGGAUUCAUAACAAAAAUAAAAGAUAUAGCACCAUGACCUCUAACAUAGUGGAAUCACUAAACUCGGCAAAUUUAGCAGCAAGGGAACUUUCAAUUACAACACUGCUGGAAUGCUUGAGAGCAUUAGUGCAACAAUGGACACAUACUAAUAGGACAAAGGCACAAAACACAUUCACUACAUUGGCACCACCUGCAGAACAGAUGUUACUGGAUAGCUACACAUACUCGUUGAACCUGGAGGUCAAAUAUGUAAAAUCAACCACUGAUUACUUGUUUGAGUUAACAAGAAUAAAAGAAUCAUGA